CCCCCCCCCCUUUUCCCUUCUAACCACCGGGUCAUAAAGUUGAGCCGCCCUCUGUCACAGAGCGGCCCGGACGGGGCCUAGAGCGGCCGCGCGGGGCUAUGGCGGCGGCUAAGCUCCACUCCCUGCCCGGGCGAGCUCCGUGCCAGCACAUUUGGGGGCUGCUCUGCCUCUGGCGUGGUUACCGCGGCGACUCCCCGAAAGACUCGGGGAAGGACGUACUGGAGAUCCCUUUGCCCCCCUGGCAGGAACGUCCUGACGAGCCACUGGAGACCAAAAGAGCCCGGCUUCUCUAUGAGAGCCGCAAGAGGGGGAUGCUAGAGAACUGCAUCCUGCUCAGCCUCUUUGCCAAGGAGAACCUGAACCACAUGAACGAGCAGCAACUGAACCUCUACGACCGGCUCAUCAAUGAGCCCAGCAACGACUGGGACAUUUAUUACUGGGCCACAGAAGCAAAGCCCACGCCAGCUGAGUUCGAGAACGACGUGAUGGCCAUGUUGAAGGAGUUUGCCAAGAACAAAAAGAGGGAGCAGAGGCUGCGGCAGCCGGACUUAGAGUAUCUAUUUGAGCCACCCCGCUGAUGGGGCGGCCGCCUUCCCCUUCCCCAUCCCCUGGAGCAGAGGAGGGGUGCGGGGCCCUGUGGAUACUGCUGCUCUCCCCGUGGCUCUCCUCCUCCUCUGGCAGCAGCUCCCUCGGACUCAGGGCAUGAUAAAUAAAGCCGUGGCUGCUA